AUGUUGGCAACGGGCAGAGACUGUGGGGUCGCCUGCAAAACCAAAGCUUGUACAGUCGGGCAGGCGCUUGCAGAAAAAUGUGCAGGGGACCAUCGCGUUCCAGGCGCAUUGCAGAACUUGCACGACGAUGCAGGCAGCUUCUGCAACAUCGGAGCGCCACCGGUUCUACUGGUGGCCUGCCCUGCGCAUGGCUUUGCAGCAGAACCACCUUUGCUGUGGACGGAUGCGGCUAUGGCGCAUUUGAAGCGUCUAGCCGGGGUAGAUGUUUACGAUGAAGAAAUUUCAGGCGAGCCAGCAGGUGCGCGGCUUAGGCCGCAGCCGGCAAAGGCUGACGCUACAAGGGGCAUUGCCGCUGCGCUGAUAGCAGCCCUGGCCUGUCGGCAUGGUCCACGAUCACGGCCUCGCAGGCGCUUUCGUUCGGCGCUGCUAUCGGCGCAAAGGGAGCUCUUGGAGACGGAGAUAAGAGCUGCGAUGUACCUGGACCCCGCGCGCUUGCGGGUCGUGUCCUCCAAGGAGAGCGGGGAAAGCGGGGAAGCGCUGCGAGGGCAGUGGUUGUCCUUGUUUCGCGCAUCUGCCCCCUACGUGGCAAUGCACAGCGCUUAG